UAAAUCAUUUAUUUCUUCCAAGGUGAUUACCAAAAUUUCAAAUCAAAAAACUCCACCGAAGUAUGUCAAUCCGACUAAGGGAAGUAGAGUAAACUAUGCUCCCUCGGGAGCAUUGUGUACAUGCUCAUAAAAGAUUUCAACUAAGGAGAGGGUGGGAGAAUGACAAUAAUAUACUCGGAAAGUCGGAAAGGUGAGCGAGCAAAAGGAAUUAAAGAAAGCGAAAAUAGUUUGAUAUGGCUGCAUCCCUAUCAAAAGUAAAUAAAUCAUCUCCACAUAACUCAUCAAAUAUUGCAAUUCAAGCAUCAGAGAACCUUUACAUCGAGAAUCUGAGAAAUAUUGCAAUUCAAGCAUUAGAGAACCCUUCUAUCGAGAAUCUCAGCUUAAAGAUCAUGGUUGUACAAAAAAAAUUAAGAUUUUAAGCUUUAAAAAUAGUUUAUAUUGUAAUAAAUUAUCUAAACCUUCCCUUUUGCCAAAAAAAAAAGAAGUGUUCAAUGAUCCGAAAGAUCCUGUAUUACUUUUGACUUUCAAGUUUUAAUUUCUUAGUUGAAAAUCGAUUUUAAAAUCGGACGGAAAUUUCCAUUGCUGGAAGUGCUUUCCAAGUGAAGAUUUGACGUGAGACUUUAUUUUGUCCUCAUAAAACCUAAGCCUUAUCAACACUUGAUCAUCAUUAAGAAAACAAACACAGACCAAGUCUCACCUAGGAGCCCCAACAACCCCAUUUGACCUAUCCAUAUUUCCAUAAGAGAGACCCCGGCCUCCCUGGCCCCUCCUCCACCCCCUAAAUCACUCUCCGCCCCGCCCAAAAUAAUGUGGCUUCCACCCCUGUCUGCUCCCUUUCUCACUCUUACUCUCUUUCUCUCUCUACACGCAGAGGCAUCUCCGGCCCCCUCCGCCUCCUGCCCCAUGGACCUCGGCUAUGUUGACUCCCUCCCUUGGGAUGCCUCCGCCUGCGAGAGCCCCGACCCAAAUCCUAACCUCCUGCAACAGCAGCACUGCUGCCAGACCCUCCUCAGCCUCUUCGGCAUUGCCCUCGCCCAACACCUCAACAGGACCUCCCUUUUCAAACUCCCCGACAUUCCCUCCUCCGCCGCUUGCCUCAUCGAUUUCCAGUCGAAACUUACCGCUCUCUCUCUCCCUGCAUCUCUGGUGCCCUCUUGCUUCAACAACUCAGAGAGGUUCGUUAUCAGGCCUUGGCGGUGUGCCGGCAUACAGACGAAGCAGGAUUGGCUACGUAUACUUGGCCCGUCAACGCCCCUUGAAGACGGCUGCAGUGAUGACGUUUCUGAUCUAACAGCAUGCAAAGUGUGCCUCAAUUCAGCCAACAAAGUGUCAGCUCGACUGGUUAAGAUCGCCAAGAAUGCCUCGCAGAGCACUGAGUGCUUCUAUUAUGCUAUUCUAUAUGCGGCUGCAUUCGGGAAUUCGAAGGGCCCUCAGGACCUAGGCACUGCCUUCUGCAUACUUGGCCUACCACUGGCGCCACCACGAAAAUCUGGGUUCAGAAAACGCAUUGCUGUUGUGUUUGGGUCCUCUGGGGCUGGUGUUGUUGUAAUUCUCAUGUCGGCAAUCUGCGCUAUGUACUUGUGGUGGCGGCGACGGCGCCCAGAGAAGGGCUUGAUCUUGAAAGAUGAUGAGGGAAGGGUGAAGCGGCCGAACACAGGCGCGGUCUGGUUUGAUGUUCAGGACCUGAAACAGGCAACCGAUUACUUCUCGAAGCAAAACCUUAUCGGAGAGGGCAGCUUCGGUGUUGUGUAUAAGGGGACUCUUUCCGAUGGGACUCUUGUGGCGGUGAAGGGGCUAACUGCACCCGAUUGCUUGGAGAAAAAUGACUUUGCGAAUGAGGUUGAGCUCGUUGGCAACAUCAGGCACCGGAACCUCCUCCCCCUUCGCGGCUGCUGCUUGGCCAGAGACGAGUCUGGUGAAGAGCAGAUGUUUCUUGUCUAUGAAUAUAUGCCGAAUGGCAGCGUCGAGGACUGGGUGUUCGGCGCAAAGAAGAAGGACGGGAACCAGCUGAGCUGGGCACAGAGGAGGAGGAUCAUAGUGGGUGUAGGCAAGGGCCUAGCGUACCUCCACAAUGGGGUGCAGCCGGCGAUCUUCCACCGUGAUGUGAAGGCCACAAACAUCCUGCUCGACGCCGACAUGAACGCAAGGGUCGCGGACUUUGGGCUCGCAAAGCAGAGCAGAGACGGGCAGUCUAACCUGACUACCCACGUGGCCGGAACGCACGGGUAUCUGGCGCCUGAAUACGCUCUCUACGGGCAAUUGACAGAGAAGAGCGAUGUUUACAGCUUUGGGGUCGUGGUGCUGGAGAUCAUGAGCGGGAGGAGAGCCUUAGACACAAGCGGAGGCAUGGAUGUUCGCACUUUCCUGGUGAGCGACUGGGCGUGGGGGCUGAUGAAGGCGGGGAAAAUAGGGGAGGUGAUAGAGGAAGGGAUGAGGAAGGAGGGUCCGAUGAGUGUGAUGGAGAGGUUUGUGAUGGUGGGGAUACUGUGUUCUCAUGUGAUGGUGGCGUUCAGGCCCACCAUGACUGAGGCUCUGAGGAUGCUGCAAGGGGAUGUAGAGGUGCCCGAGAUACCAGACAGGCCGAUGCCCCUCGGCAGCCACGACUCCUCUUUCAAUUUCCAGGACACCUUUUCGUGUCUUCGAGCGCCAUCAGGCCUUUGCUGAGGUCCCAGAUAGAGGGGCAUCUGUGUAUCGUGGAGUGACAAAGCAUCAUCAACACGGACGAUGGCAAGCUCGCAUUGGCAGAGUUGCCGGUAACAAAGACCUCUAUCUCGGUAUGCAAGAGGAGGCAGUUGAGGCCUACGAUAUCGCGGCCAUUAAGUUUCGACGUGUCUCUGCUGUUACAAAUUUCGACAUUAGCAAAUACGACGAUAAGAGAAUAUGCUCAAGCACGAAGCUGAUUGGUGAUGAUCUAAAAAAAAAAAAGUAUUUUGCAAAUUGAGUGUUUCUUCACAUCCACACCCAACUUGAGGGGGAGAGUAUAGGAGAUAUGGAGAUGAGAUGAGUAGAGAUGAAGUCAACCAAUUGUGGACAAGAAAAUCCAAAUUAUGGAUCAGUUAAACUACUAUGCAAAGAGAAGUUAUGGUUGAUGAUCAAGAGAUCUAUCUCUAGAUGAGGAGAUGAAGAUGAUCGAAUUUCUUGAUCAUGGUUGAUGAUCAAGAGUUCCUCUCUAGAUGAGGAGAUGAAGAUAAUCGAAUUUCUCAAUCAUGGUUGAUGAUCAAGAGUUUCAUCUCCCGAUGAAGAGAUGAAGAUGAUUGAAUUUCUCGAUCCUGGUUGAUGAUCAAGUUUUCCGUUGCUUGAUCUUAUUUGAUGAUGGAGUUUUUCAUUACUCCAGCAUGUAUGAUGAUUGAGUUUACUCAAUCCUGGUUGUUCCAGAUGCCUAUGUUUCAAUGAUGGAGUUUUUCGUUACUCAAUCCUAUUGGAUGAUGGAGUUUUUCAUUGCUCCAUCCUAUGUGAUGAUCAUUUUUUUUUAGAGAGAAAAAGCUUCUAAAAAGAAAAUGAGCCCAUGAAAAGAAGAUCUUCUGAGAAGAAGACCCUAGAGAGAGAAAGACUCUAGAAGAAUAUAGAGAGCCCAAGAAAAGUUCUUUCUUGGAAGACCUUAAAGAGAGUAAGUCUCUAGAAAAAAGUAGAGAGCCCAAGAAAUGUUGUUUCUUGGAAGACCAUGGUAAUCUGUGAAGUUUAUAACGGAUUUGAUCACUAUUCAUUUUUUUGGCAAUUUAGUAUUGUUCAAACUUCAGCUGUUUUAUGUCAAACCAUCUUAAGUUUGAGGGUGUCAACUUAGUAUUAUUCAAACUUCAGAUGCUUUGUGUCAAAGCAUAUUCAGUUUGAGGGGGAGUGUUAAAAUAUAGAUAUCUCGGAUAUCUCGGGUUCGUAUUGAUAUACAUCAUUAUGGAUGUAUGAAUAUAUAUCUCUUGAUAAGAUUAGGUAUGUCCAUAUAUCUCUUA